UGAUCGGGCUCACACGCUCCUCAGCAGAGCAACAGAGAGAAACACUGAGCCGCUGCGGACGCGCUGGAGCUGGAGAUCACCUCACUUUACAUGAUCGCAGCUGCAGAUCGUCUGGGAUCUAAAGAUGUGGACCGGGUUCGGGAAGCUUGUGUUGCUACAUUUGUUACUCCUGGAGCUCAGCAGCCGCGUUCAAGGAACUCAUACAGAGUCAGAGUGUGAAAUAGGGCAAUUCCAAUGCAAGAACGGAGUGUGCAUCCCAAGCCUUUGGAGAUGUGAUGAUGACAAUGACUGUACUGACAGCAGUGAUGAGGAAAACUGCCCAAAGAAGACAUGUGCAACCACAGACUUUGCCUGUAAGAAUGGACAGUGCCUGCCUGCAAGGUGGCGGUGCGAUGGAGAAUCAGAGUGUGCAGACGGAUCAGAUGAGGCCGAUGAAAUCUGCAGCCGACAGACUUGUCCACCAGAUAAGUUUGAUUGUGGAGGAGUUGCCAGCAAAUGUGUUUCGUUAUCAUGGCGAUGUGACGGAGAGAGGGACUGUGAAAACGGGGCAGAUGAGGAGGAGUGUGCUGCAGAUGAAAAGGCCUGCCCCUCCAAAGAUUUCAAGUGCCGUAACGGAAAGUGCGUGGCCCCCAUUUUUGUCUGUGAUGGUGAUGAUGAUUGUGGGGAUGCCAGUGAUGAGGAGAAGUGCUCAACUCCCAGCUGCGGUCAACACGAGUUUCGUUGUAAUGACUCUGAAUGCAUCCCUGCCCUGUGGAGCUGUGACGGGGAUCCAGACUGUAAAGACAAAUCGGACGAAUCCAUGGAGCGCUGCAGCCGCAGGACGGAGCCUCAGAAACCUCGAUGUCCAGUUGGGGAGUUUCAGUGCGGCAGUGGAGAGUGUGUACACAUGCAUUGGAUGUGUGACGGAGAUGCAGACUGCAAAGAUAAAUCAGAUGAAGCAAACUGUCCCCUCCUAACAUGUCGACCUGAUGAGUUCCAGUGUGGUGACGGCUCCUGCAUUCAUGGCACCAAACAAUGCAAUAAAGUCCAUGAUUGCCCAGACUACAGCGACGAGGCUGGCUGUGUAAACGUUACAAGGUGUGACGGGCCAAAAAAGUUCCGCUGUAAGAAUGGGGAAUGCAUUGACAGCAGCAAGGUCUGCGAUAACGUAAAGGACUGCAAAGACUGGUCGGAUGAACCAGUGAAGGAGUGUGGCCUCAAUGAGUGUGCUGACAACAAUGGCGGCUGCUCCCACAUCUGCAGGGACCGAAGAAUUGGUUAUGACUGUGACUGCCCCUCUGGAUACAAACUCCUGGACAAAAAGACUUGUGGAGACAUAGAUGAGUGUGAGAACCCAGAUGCCUGCAGUCAGAUCUGCAUUAACUACAAAGGAGAUUAUAAAUGUGAGUGCUAUGAAGGCUAUGAGAUGGACCCUGCGUCAAAGACUUGCAAAGCUGUGGGAAAGAGUCCCUACCUGAUGUUUACAAAUCGCCAUGAAAUCCGUCGCAUCGACCUGCUGAAGAGUGAAUAUACACAGGUCGUUCCCACCCUGAAGAAUGCUGUGGCCCUGGAUGUUGAUGUGUCAACUAACAAGAUGUUCUGGUGUGAUCUGUUUCACCGCAAAAUAUACAGUGCAUACAUCAACAAGGCCAGUGACUCCUCACAGCAGGUAACGUUGGUGGACUCUCUCCACUCUCCAGAGGGCCUGGCUGUGGAUUGGGUCCACAAAAACAUCUAUUGGACAGACUCGGGCAACAAGACCAUCUCUGUUGCAACGGGAGAUGGCAGGAAGAGGAAAGUGCUUAUAGCCACUGAGCUCAGUGAGCCAAGGGCCAUAGUAGUGGAUCCACACCAUGGUUUUAUGUACUGGUCAGACUGGGGAGAUCAAGCCAAAAUAGAGAAGGCUGGAAUGAAUGGAGUUGAUCGACAAAUUCUGGUGUCUGACCACAUUGAGUGGCCCAAUGGAAUCACUCUAGAUUUGUCCAACAGACGUCUCUACUGGGUGGACUCCAAGCUACACCUACUGUCAAGUGUGGAUCUGAAUGGAGACAACCGCAAAGUGCUGCUGUCCUCCCAUCACCACCUUGGGCACCCAUUCGCCCUCACUGUGUUUGAGGAUCGAAUAUACUGGACAGACUUAGAGGAUGAAGCCAUUUACAGCGCCAACCGGCUGACGGGACACGAUGUGGCAAAGGUAGCAGAGGAUCUUAACAAUCCGCUGGACCUUGUUGUCUUCCAUGAGCAGAGGCAGCCCAAAGCCCCUGACACCUGCAAUAUGGGAACUUUACCAAACGGGGGCUGUGAGUAUCUCUGUCUAAAGGCUCCUCAGAUCACAGACCACUCUCCAAAGUACACCUGCGCCUGUCCCGAUGGUAUGGAGCUCGGUCCAGACAUGAGACGCUGUGUUGUAGUUCGAAUCAGGACAACCACCACUGCUGCCCCAACCACCACAACAACUACAACAACAACCACCACAACAACCACUACCACCCCAGCUACCAGCACCACCACCACAACUCCCACAACCAUUGAAACUUCCACCUCUGCUGCCCCCCCACCAAGGUCCACAGUCAGGCAUUACAUGACAGCAACAACUUCUCAGACCCCCAGUAACAGCAGGAGUACAGAGCCAUCUGUGACACAAGCUGCCACAAGCACAGAAACAACCAGUUUGAGCAGCAACAUUCAGACGUCCCCACACACACCCUUACUAGGACCAGUGGCCCCAGACAGCAUUCAAAGAGAGACCAAUGCUAACCUUUCCCACAGAGCUGCAAGUGAUCACUACCUCAUAGGGAACAACAUCACAGUUGCUGUUUUGGGAAUAGUCAUUCCGAUUGUCCCUAUCCUUGCCACAGUGGUCAUCGGAUUGAUCUGCACCGGCGGCUACCUGAUAUGGCGCAACUGGCGACGCAAAAACACCAAGAGCAUGAACUUCGACAACCCCGUGUACCGCAAAACAACAGAGGACGAUGACGACGAGAUCCACAUUGGGCGGCACAGCGAUUCCAUUGGCCACGUCUACCCGCCACGUGUGGCACUCAGUGUGGAGGACGAUGGCUAUCCCUAAUGAGGGGGGAUGCAGCCUGCUUACCAACACACACCCCCCUCAGUGCCCUCCUGUUCCUUCUCUGAGCACAGCCUCCGCACCACUACAAUGAGGCCAGUACAACGCAGAGGAGAAUGAAAUGGAAGCACCAUUUUGCCUCCUCCUUUACAAGUAGCAGGGAUGACCUAUGCAUUUCUUCUCCUCCCUACUUGCUAUCACUAGCUAACACUACAUCCAUUAGUGUCAGCUUAGUUGCCUCUGCUUCACUCCUCUUUUCCCUCUUCUGAUGCUUCCUAACAGUAGUGGUGUAAAGAAAUGCUGCUAGAUGAUAUUUUUUCCCACUAACCUGACUUGAAAAUUGUACAGUAAGAAGGCUAAUUUUGGCCACUACAGAAGUAUAUGGGGAGCGCUCAUGUUUUGAUUGUUUUCAUUUAUUUAUACCUUUUAAAUAUGUAACCAGCAUCUGUCGUUGCGUAGUCGUAAAUGCAAUUUGAUUGAUCAAGUUUAAAGAUGUAAAAGGCAAGGAUGUUGCAUUUGCUCUGGUUGGCUUAACAUUAGCAAUAGCAUAGCUUAUUUGUUUGAAGGGAGGAUGCCAUCUAUUAUUUGCUACUGACAUUUGGUAAUGCUAAAUAUAGUCAAGUGGAUAGUAAAGAGAAAAAAAGGUUGGAGCUGCUCAGAUAUUUGGCAGUGACUUUUAGGUGAAAGAGUGGCAAGGUUAAUUUAUUUCAUUAUUAUUUGUCAAGGAAUGACCUGAUUGGUGCUUGCAGACUGUUGUACUUCAAGAUAAAAAGCAGGAGGACAGAAAAGGCAAUGAAUUGUGGGUAACCCAUCUCUUUGUAUGGGAGGUAUGCACAGAGUCAAUAACGAGCUUGGUCAGUUUGAUUAAAAGUGAUAGGUUAGGGUUUACGAAUCUCUUGGUUCAUUGUUUUUUUUUUAUGUGUUGGCAAAUUUUUCCACCUCCUGUGACUGUUUUAGAUAUACGUAUGGAGCUGCUACUCUAAAGGAUUUAUGCACGAGACAUUAUUUAUAUUUUAGGAUUUUAAAAGACUGUAAUUAUUUUCUAUAUUUUGAUUUCAGAGUGCCAUAACUGUAGGAGCAUUAUAAUUUGAUCUGUUUUAAGGUUAGUAUUUCUUUGUCUUUUGGUAUUUGUCUUCCAAUCAGCUCCCAAUCGAUUGCUUUUUUUUACCUUUAUUUAACUUGGUUCAAACAAUGCAAUAUACCAGUUAAAGCUUGGCUAUAUUGAGCCUCUCCCUGUGACCAGACGACCCUGGUUUCCUCGGUGUAGCUGCCGCACCUUCAUGUCGAUGCAGGUAGAUGAGAUGAUGCAGAAAAAAAAAAUCCCAAAUAUAAACAGCAUCACUCACUGCUCUCAUUUGAAUGUUCACUAUGGUUCUGUGAGCAGAUCAGUAAAAUAUCAGGCUCUGCUGAUUCUGGCACACUGAUUUGAUUUUAGAGAUGAGUGGAGAAGGAAUGUAAGAGCCAUCGUAAAGAGGUUAUCUUCCAUUUGCCUGCCUCAGAUGCACUUCCAGCCCAUUGAAUCAGACAGUUUAUGCCCCCUGAAAACAGUUGUAAUUGUUCAUUUUAUGUUCCAGUUGUAAAUAACCAUAGGAGAUUAUUAAAUGGCAAUUUGGCACUUACAAGAAUCAGCUUGUUUAUAUGGGACAUCAUUCAUUUUUUUUACUAUCUAACCAUUAAAGAUUUCUCUACCAUAUUUAUUGUUAAUACAAUCUAACCUUUUUUUGGUUUAGAUAUGUAGGACCAGAAUGUCUUUCCCUGUUAACCUGCAAAAAAAUUACACUCAGUCUUCCUUUGCUUACUUACAAUAUUUUGGACAUAGUUCGAUUUUUAGAUGUAAUGCAAACAGUUUAUAUUCAGGGAUUUAAAUAAUUUUGUUUCUCUUUUUUUGUAGAGCUGUUUGAGUUUUAAGUCACUGAUAAUCCCAGCUGAGGAUGACAUGGAAAAAAAAAACAACUUGGAGAUGCUUUCUUAAAAGCUUAAUAGGUGCUGUAGUUACCUGAAUUUCUAGCAGUGCUGCUUUGUGUUUUUCCAACACUAACGUCCUUAGAAUGGCUAUGCAUAUUCCUGUCCAGUUAUAGACAUGCUUCUGGUUGAAGUUCGAGCUGCUCUUUUUGAUAGAACUUUUUGAAUUUAUUUGAAUUGGUUGGCUUCCUCACGCAGACUUUACUUCCAUGCUUCCUUUACAUGUUUUCAACAUUAUUAGGGCUUUCAGACCCAUUUCAGGCAUCAAAGUUAGCAGGUUUUAUCCAUUUCAAAAUGAAUUUUGAUUGACAAACAAGAUUGAUUGACUAACAAGACCUAAGAAAGUGAAGCCUAAACUUAGCAUACAUUUAGACUGGGAGAGUUCAAAACAAGAAAGCAUCACCUGCUCAAAAACUAACAGACUUUCCUGUUGAAAGGGAGUUUUUCCUCUCCAUUGUCGCUACAUGCAUGCUUGUAUGGGCGAGGGAUUGCUGUUGACUCUAUGAUCUGGUGCAAUCAGCUGGUUUUCCUUAGAUAGAAAAAUUUUAACUAAUCUGACUGUAUGAUCUGACAUGAAAAUCUCUGUAAAGUCCCCUGAGAUGACAUCUGUUAUGAAUUGGUGCUAUGUAAGUGAAUGGAUUAAAUUGAAACAAGGUCUACAAAAACUUUACAAAAGCCAAAUACUUUCUGUUGUGCUGUGAUGCAAUAAAUAUUGGACCACAAUGUAAAGAAGUUUGAUCUAAUGAUAUUGUAACAACUACUAUAUCAACUAUAUGUAAUAUUGUACCAACUAUCAUGCAUGGUGGUGAUUUCAUGUUGCUGAGUCUAUUGCUAGUACUGGUGCAGAAUGGUCAAAACUUAAAUCUAGGUGUUCUAGUGUGGCAAUGAUCUCAAAUAAACAGAGAUAUACC